AUGAGUUAUUCUCCACCGUCAGAUCCAUUUCACCAUAGUAAUCAUAAUAGACAAUCGUCAUUGCCAAUAGUAUAUGAAGACAAUGACCCAUACAGAGUCGUCAAGAAGAGUCCACGAUUAGGCUCCAUUUCCGAUAAUUCAGAAUUUGAUGCCGUUCAUUCUCGUACAGCUUCAGACAGUAGUACAAGUAGAUUGUAUAAUGGCACUAUGGCGCUACCAUCUUCAAAUGACUACGAGGAUCCGUACGCCAAAUGUAAUUACAAGAAAUGGAGGGCAUCAACCGCUAGCAAUCACAAUGUCAACAACGAUAGAGCCAAUUCUUAUUUGCCCUACUCACAUCAUCAACGAGACCCAAACCAAAAGACGGAGCCUUUAUACAUAGAGGAAUACUCGGCACCAGCAUCCACCACAUUAGGCAUGGGCUCAAUGUUGCAAGACAACAUGACAGACCAAAUAAAUAUGCGACCUUCACAGCAAGCACAAAUACCCGACUACAGUGAUAAAAUGAGCACAUUACCACAAAUGAAGAAACGCAAACAAAAGAAGACAUGCUGUGGACUACGCUAUAGAACGAUUGCUUUCAACUCACUCAUUUUCAUUGCGAUUAUUGUUGUCAUCUGGUACUUUGUAUGGCCCCGUAUCCCUGUAAUGCAGCUGGAUGAUGUAGAUAAUAGAGGAGGUUCUAUCCAAGUUGUUACCAAUACAACCAAAAAGAGCAUGUCUGCCAGUUGGUUGCUGAACAUGACAGCCGACAACUCUGCUAAUUGGGUUCCCACACACAUAAAAGCAAUUGAUGUGUCCAUCACAGACGAUAAAACAAUGCAGACAUUUGGAAAUGGAACCUCAUCGUCGAUGGUACUGGCGCCAAGAACAUCAUCUACAGUGUUGAUUCCAGUCGACAUUUACUACGCUUCUGAUUCAGCAAAUGAUACAACAUUUCAAGAUUUAUACAAUGCGUGCGGCGUACAAGUUACCUCAAAUAUGCCGUUUGAAAACCAACAAGAUGUGCUCAACAUUACCCUACAUCUCACUUACCACAUUGCUGGUAUCGUAUGGGCGUCUCAACGUCAAGUGCCUUUCACUGGCCUGAUAUGUCCAACAAAUUAA